ACCAAGGAAAGAGACGAAGGAAGUAAAGGGUCUCCUGCUUUUUUCCUCGUCCAUAAUAAAGAGAGGACCUCUUGCUACAGACUUGUGCGUGCACGGUGCUGCACGAGCACAUACUGUAGAGCUUCGAGUAGGCAGUGUUUUGAAAUGGCGAGCCAGCCAGGCCCGAAACCUGGGGACUUCUGGCUAUGGCUUGCCACUAACGAAGAGCAGCUCCUGCUCCACAGUGGACUAAUGAGACUUGCUGACCACAUCCCCGUGCCCUCGGGGGUCACAGAGGUCGCGGAGAGUGACCAGGGCCUCCCUGUGAUGGACGGGAAGAGCACUCCCGACCUGGCAAACAUAAUCCUCAGAGAAUGCGGUACCAAAACUACCACCUACGCCAGCCUGAUGGAGUACAGGUGCAAUGCCCUGCGUGGCUACUGGUCUGCAGUGAGACUAAACAAGAAGAAAGAGCAGACGACAGCGUCCUCAUCGAAAGACUCCUCUACUGCUUCGACUCGCGGGUCUUCUACCAGUUCGACUGCGGGGCCCACAUCUGUCGGGUUUGCAUCCCGCGUUAGCCUUGUUCUCAUCUUCCCAAUCAUGAAAUCGCUGAGUCAAUUCGACCCGACCCUGUCAUCUGAGGCGGCCAGCGGUCUCCUGGAGUGUCUCAGAGUCUACGAGCCCCUCUCGUUAAGCGGGGAGCAGUUGGACUGUGUCCACGGGCUGGAGAGUCUGCUACACUCGUGGCUCACCGGUGCGCGGGGGAGAGAGGAGGGGGUGAACAAGGAGGAAGAGAAGACGAGGAUUGGGGUCACGCAGGUCCAGAAUGCCGCCUCUGCCCUCGUUGCCCUCUCAGUAGCUGUAGGGACUGGAAGUCUGUUGGUGAGAACGGUUCACGCGCUCCAGAGCCUCCAAUCAGCCUACCCGGACCUCACUCUCCUGGUGCCCAGAAUACUCUCGAAACUGCUCCACGAACACUUGAACAACGAGGACGCGACAUGUCUGUCGCCCGAUGCCCACCUGGGCUGCUGGAACUACGAGGAUGCAGCUGCCGUGGGCCAGGGAGGAGGGAGGGAUGGAGCUGGUCGGAGGUCCAUUGCAUUUGACGGGAGAUUUGUCUACGUCACUAGCACCUCACUUAGUAGACUGCUCAAGAUAGGGACUGGACAACUCGGCACUAUCCGGGGAUAUGUGUACUGUAGUCGGGAGAUUGAACCAGGGUGGAUGGUGUGGAACAACGGACGAUUAUUGCACAGACCAAAGGAAACAGAGGGCAAGGACGGCGAAAUGUUCUGUUCUGAGCUUGACUCCACGACACUAAAGGUUUGCCGCAGGCUCUCGCUGUCCUCCCCCCUGCCCGAAGGGGCCCAGGGCCUCUACAUGCUCUCAGACGGUCUGUUUGUCUACUGGCUCUACCACCAGAGAGCCACGGACGGGGUGGCCAACCCUGUCACUGGAGACAAGAUCAAACAGUAUCCAGUGCUCCUCCAACAGUUUCAAGUGAAGGCUACCUCUGAUAGUAGUUCAUCUGAGUCGCCAGUUCUCCAGUCAACCGGUGAGCCGGUCCUCCUCCAGAGAGGAGCUCUCGACAAAGACAAGAACUCUGAGGUGGUCAAGGCUCUGGUGAGAGCCAAUCCCUCCUACGCCUCGUCUGCCGCUGCCUUCUCCACCCUCCUUGGCAGCAGCAAGGACGACAACUCUGGAGCAACUAGUGUCGGAGUCACGAUGCGUGUCCUCCAGAGCUGCUCAGCCUACACCACAGGGUCCUCACUGGUUCUCAUAAUUCCUCCCAGUACAUCAGGAGGAAGGGGGCUCUUUGGACCCUCUCUAGCCAAAGCUCUGUGUGUGAGUGUGUGUUUCAACAUGUCCACCGGGAUGGCAGUGUCGCAGAGCGAACUAAUGCCCAGCCCCACUCUCCACUGUGCCCUGGCCAAGGGAGCCUCCGUCAACAAUAUGGCUGCAUGCUAUGACUCCAUCAACCACUGUGUCUGGACCUCCAACGAUGACUGGGUCGAUCUGUGGGACUGCUGUGGUAAGGCCAGACCCGCAGUCCACCUCCUAGCCAGUCGGCUCGGUAAGACCUCCACACAAGACCUUAUUCCUGUCACCGACAAGUCCCAGAAGACUGUGGAAGUGUCUGAGGCGAUCAAGUUGCUCCUGAGGCAUAUUGGGAUCGAGUCGUGUCGGCUGUCCCCCGGAGCCGAGACAAGGGACGUGGUUCCCCACAACCUCCCGCUGUCAUUCCUGGAGCAGUCAUGUGACCUGUUGGGGUCAGCUCUGGCGGCCAGAGACUGGGACAACUGCCAGGCUCUCGUCGUGACACUUCUGGCAGUGUUGCCAGCAUUCCUAAAGAGAGGGAGCCUCAAGACUAAGAUUGGUCCCUACACAGAGAGAGUCAGAGCUCUGCUGUGGGAUCUCCUCACCACUCCCGACUGCCCCCAAUCGCUGCACUCUGAGACCAGGAAACUCAUCAGUUUCAAUGCAGAGGACCUGUUUCUUAAUCACGAGAAUGCCGACCACUUUAUCCAAACUCUUCAUCAGGCCGAUUCAAGCAAACCUAGUCUUCUGGCCCUGAAAGAUGAACUUCUAGUCCAGACUGCCAGCAAACUACGCCUUGCCACUUCCCUCUCUCCUGCUAUUCUGAGGCUGUGUCCCCUACUACAAGAUAGUGUAGUGGACGACUCACUAGCGGCGGUCUCACAGUGUCUCCAAACCCCACUCCACGAGCUAGCAGCCAGCAACACCGGCUGUACCCAGCCAGUCUUCAGCCCCAGUCUCCAAUGUGCUUCAUCCCUCGUGAACGUCUCUCUACGGAUUCUCGCCCACGCCGCGGAGCUGGAAGACAAGACUGGGGAGAUGGGGGGGAAGGGGGAAAGGGAGGACGAGGAGGAGAGGAAGGGGGGGAGGGCGGAGAUGGCAGGGGGGAUGAGAGCAAGGCAGUCUUUUGACAUCUUCAGAGCAUGUCAACAGACUCUUGAGGCUCUGUACAAUGGGUUGGAGUUGCAGCUGGCUCGAGAAGAGGAAGAGAAAGGGGAGGAGGAGGAGGAGGAGGAUGAGAGAGGAAGAGGGGAGAGAGGAGCGUGGGUGCCUGCUGUGGAGAGAGCUCUCAAGGCCACAGUCGUGGGAGGACUACUCUUACCUCUCCUGGUUGUUGUCAGAGACCGGAGAGUGUGUACUCUGACCAUGGCCAACUUCCUGCAGAAGAGCCUGCAUCCUCUGGUGCAGCUUGCCGCUCAGCUGUGCGGCACUCUCUACGGUGACUCAGACAAGCUGUCGGCCAUCAAAGUCCCUUGUCCCUGGGCCACGGGGCGAACCGUGGAGACGAUCCAUCCCGUGCGAGACAACUACAAGUUCAAGGAGACCGUGUCUUUCCCCGGGGCACGGAACCUCUACCUCAAGUUUGACCCUCGUUGCUCGUCACAGUACGACUAUGACAAGGUCAUUGUGUAUUCCGGGGACGCUCCGUCGGCUCCGAAAGUGGCUGAAUACGGAGGCAAUACCCACGGCUUUGGUAGUCGCAGUGUACUGGGAAAAGGAUGGCCCAAAGACAUUGUAAAGGUCGAGGGUGACGUGGUGACGCUAACAUUUGACAUGAAGAGUGGUCGAGAGCACAGCACGCCGGACCAGGCCAUGUGGGGGUUUUCCUGCACCGUGAGGCCCCAGGAGUCUUCAGAGGACAACUCCUCUGCCCUCCCUUUCCCCGUCGAUGUGUACCUGUCCCUGGCCUCCGUGAGCUGCUCCCUCAUCGGGAGUCUCUACGAAGGACCGGCCACCACGCCGGAGGAGAGACAGUGUCGACAUCUCACUGACUCGGAGCUCCUCCAACAAUGUGAGUGGCAGACGACUGAGGGAGCCGUCGACACUCUGCCAGUGGGCGGAGACGAAAUGGCCAUAGCUGCCCCUCCCCCCCACUCCCCCCUGCCCCCCAUCGUCAUCAACAGACUCAGGACACUGGCCAAGAAACCACGCCCACAAUUUAGACCCAGCACCAGGGAUCUACUGCAGCCUGACCUACUGGAGGACGUGAUAGUGAGUGUGUGUCUGAAGCAACACGGACUGGAGUCGGCUCUGCAGCUCCUCGGUCACUCGGCCAGUGGUGACAGUGAGGGAGAGGAGACAGCAGAGGAACAGUCGUCUCUACUUGAUGCCGUCUUCACCAGAAUCAAUGGUCUGGAGAGAAGGCUUCAGGUUCUAGCAGAGCUGGAGAAAAACUGGUGGACGGACGUGGAGGACAUCACCAGAGGCUCCAUGAGCCCGGCCGACGCCUUCUUCUUCGGUCUCCUAACACACGAGACGUCUCUCCAGAACUUUGAGCUCCUCUGCUGCCUCAAGAACGUUGACACCAGCCACGGAGACAUCUUCACUUCUGCCAGGCAGCUCCAAGAUAUUAUGGAGUUGGAUGUUGAAAAAAGGAAGGGUUUGGCAUCAACUGAUUCUAUUGCAGAUCCUACACCAGUGACACGACAGCUGGUGGCUGGAGUGUUGGAGAGGGCUCGUUUACUGCUCUCCGUCACCAUAGCGAGAGGCCACACCCCCUCGUUGGCAUCAUACACUUCGACUGAUGGUGACAGCAGCAGUGCAGCAGAGAAGUGGGGUGAGCCUCUCGCGAAGCCGGCAGGCUCUACUGGAGAUCUCCAGCUGCCUGACAAAUCAAACCUCCUCCAUCAGAUCUUUAUGUUCAUUGGCUCCAAACCAGAGAAAGCAGUAUCGCCAGAGUGUUUCCUGGCUGCAGCCAACCAGCAGUGGCGUCGCGGAGUGUGCAGAACAAGAGCUCUCCGCUACCUCUACCAGCUCCUCUCGAGCGACCACGUCACUGUCUUAGCUGUGGAGCACCUCCUGGCUUCAGUGGGGGUAGGUCAUCUGACCAUCAUUUCAGUGAUCCAGAGAGGUCCGGGGGUAAAGGACAUAGGGUGUGGAGGCACGGCCCAGCAGGUCAGGGAGGCCUUUGCUGGAGUGAUGCAUGCAGUUGUGGAGCUGGCAAGCAAACAGCCGUCCAAGUGCAUCAAUACCAUUGCCAUGCUCUGCGUGGUGCCCUACACCAGACUGGAGGAGACUUGUCUGGUGAGGAGUGGACUGGUGAAGCUGUUGGACAGACUCUGCAGUAAUGUGUCUACCGCCACACCCAUUGAGGUGGGUAGGGAGGAGGAUGAGGAGGAGCACAGAGUGACAUCGCUGGCGUGGGCAGCCUUCCAGGUCCUGGCCGAUCGCUGUGUCUCCUGGGAGUCCCAAGAGGACACUGUUGCCUCCUCCGGCCUCGCCCAACAGGUGGCGAUGCUGCUCACCAACCACUUGUCCAGAGCCAUGGACUCCCUCGUCCUAUCUGAGACCGGGGCCUCCGAAACUCUCCAGGACGCCCUCUCUCUCCUUCCCGGGCUGGCCCGUAGCCAGAUGGGUCGCGCAAUCCUCUCGCAGCCCACGUGUGUUUCCAAACUCCUCCUACUGCUGACUGACCAGAGACCUUCACCAAAGCUGGUGCUGAUAGCCCUCCAGUUGUGUCGGAUUGCUCUCCCCCUCAUGACUGUGGCUGAGUGCUCCAAGGUCAUCGUCCCCCCUCACCCCUCUCUCCCCUCCCCCUCUCAGGGGGCGGGGCUUGCUGCCGACAUUGUCCAACUUCUCCUCGCCAAACUGGCUGAAUACAUCGUACCACAGUCUAUUGAGGUACCUGCAAAACCGAUAGAGAGUGGAGGCAAACUGACGCCAGUCGACUCGGAGCCACACCCCCUCCACUCGGUGCCGUCUGGACUGGAGAAGGAAGCCGACGAGUCUGGACAGGCCUCCGUCUACAUCUACAAGAGAUCACACGAGACGUCGGCGGAGAUACUCCAGCCCCUCAUCGGCCAGGACUCGAGGCAGCUGCGACUGGCUGGACCACGCAUGCAAGAGGUGAUGCUCAUUGACAGAGCUCUUUCGGAGCACGGUCGGGCAGAGAUGUUCACCGACAAUUACCGAUCCUGUCAGAGGAGAGCUCUUCGCUGGGCCAGCAUGGGGUUUGUGGUGAGCAUCGAACCUCCGUCCGGCGGCUCCUCUGGGGAGGAACCAGGGACCACGGUCGACAAGAAAAAAGCCAAGGCUGAGGCUGCAGCCAAGAAAAAGAAUCUAGAACUCCUUAAAAGAGACCCUCCCAGGCCAUUCCUGAGUGGACAGGUGGCCUACUCUCUGGCGUCAGAGGUUAUUGGACUCCUGCACUGGACUGGUGACUGUGCCAGGAGCCGCCGAGGUCUGGAGCACUGCCAUCAGAGAGGCUCUCCUGAAAAGCCUGUGCUCAGUCCCGGAGCUUGCCCCAAAGCUGGUCUCUUUCUCGGACCAAACGCACCGCCACGUGGCCAGUGGCACCCCACCCCCUUCCCCCGGGGAGCUAGUGCAGACCACUUGCAUUGCCAACGCCACUUUUGCCGCCUUGGGAGGCUUCAAAGAGAGCAUUCGGCCUGGAAUGAGGGUGAAGGUAGUCGGAGAGGGAUUGAAGGAAUCCUGUGGAGUUAUUCAAUCUAUUGCCGAGAGAAGAGGUGUCGCCAGCGUCCACUUCUCCGAUGAUGAAUUCU